AUGGCGGUGAUAAAACAACUUGUCGUUUGGUUGAGUUUGGUUUGUGUUUGUAAGAGUUAUAUCGACGUACCGACGAUUCCACCUAGCUUCACAGUCAGCCUUGAUGAUGCACCAAAUGUCCGAUGGGCUGCCAUAGUCAAGAAAACAAAAGUACCAGAGGAAUUGGUUCCAUUAGCAGAACUUGUUGCUGAAAAGUUAGAUGACUUCCUGGAACAACCUUAUGCUGAUGAAAUGAGAGGUAUAGCAACAGCAGCCGGAAUGCCCCUGGGCGAUGUCGUUCUCACCAAUUUAGUGUAUGAUAUCUCGGCCUUCUGUACAAGCAUCACCAUGCAGGAUAGCAAGGGUCAGAUUUGGCAUGCUCGAAACUUAGACUACUCCUUUACUGAUAUCCUUCGAAAUAUUACUAUGAAAGUCGACUUCACUCGGCAGAAUAAGAUUGCCUACUCUGUGGUCACCUAUGCUGGAUAUGUCGGGGUUCUGACCGGACAAAAGCCUUAUGGAUUCGCCAUCACAAUGGACGAAAGAGAUCAAGGCGCAUGGUAUGAAAACCUAAUAAUAGCUUUAACAGAUAGAAGAGCGAAACCAGCGGGAUUCCUUAUGAGAGACACAGUUGCUAAUGCUUCCAAUUUCGACGAAGCUGUGGCGAUGAUAAGUGACACAGAUACAAUGGCCGAUGGUUAUUUCAUCAUUUCCGGAGCGAAACCCGGCGAGGGAGCAGUUGUCACGAGAAAUAGGCUAGGACCACCAGAUGUGUGGAAGAUCGAUCCUGAACACGGAAGAUGGUAUGAAGUGGAAACCAAUUAUGAUCAUUGGACAACACCAAGACCAGAUGAUGACAGAAGGGAUCCUGCCAUUAAAGCUAUGAACGCGAUGGGACGACAGAAUGUCACUGUUAAUAAUUUGUUUGAUGUUUUAUCAACACCUCCAGUUUUAAAUCCGACAACCACCUACUCCGUCGUAAUGAGUCCAGCACAACCUGAUAUAAUGAAAGUAAUGGUCCGACAUGUUCCAAAGCCUUGA